AUGCCUGGGUGCCAGGGUCAGUAUGUCAACGAGUUGGUGAGUGCGGACCAGCGCCCCGUUAGCUUGCAGGUUGAGUUAGUUGGGGGAUGUGUGGCAUACACGUACAAGGAGGAGCCUCUCUCGGAUAACGGUAAUCCGCGUUGGGUGAUUGCCCAGGGGAUUCCCCCGGGAGUCGCGGACUUGAUCCUUCAAUCUGAUGUGGCCCGCGUUGUCGGGAACUGUCGAGCUAAGAAUUGGGUUAUUGGGGAGAUCGGUCUGGAUUACUCCGGACCGGCUACUCAGAGAUGUCAGAGAUUUGUUCUGGCGGAAUUCUUCCGCCAAGUUAGCUUCAGUACAGGCAUGAUCUUGGUAGUUAAGGGACAUGCGGAUGAUCCGCUAGGCCGCGUGCCUAUGCAGGAUUGUUUAACUUUGUUAGACGGUAUGUUCGUUCCUACCUUGGUCCCGUUGUUUUUGCGUAACUUUUCUGGGGGGCCGGAACAGGUAAAGCUUUGGUUAGACUCAGGGAGACCUGUGUUUCUUGGGAUUAGCGGGCAGGUUUCUGGUGUGUCGGAGGUUCAGUUGUCGGGUGUGCGUGCUGUCCCGGUCGGCAGGUUGUUGGUCGAGUCGGAUGGUCCGGACUCGCCGUGUGGUGUCGUAAGUCCGAUGAGCCCUCGGCACAUCGGAGAGGUUUACAAGCUUGUGUCCGCAGUGAGGGGACAGGAUUUCGCUCUUCUUGCGGGGUUAGUGUACCAGAACUACAGGGUGUUCUUUGGUCCUCAGGAGUCGGGAAGCAGUGUGGACUACGUGGUGGACCGAGAUGACUCGGGGGAUGAUUCCGAUGAGUGA